AUGACGAAGGCAAAGCGGGGAGGAGGCCGGGGGGUUGGGGCUCGUCCGAGCGUUUCUUCUGCUCGCCGCGGAGGUUCCAAAAAGGGCUCAUCAGCUGCAUCAGAGGGGGCGUAUCUCUCUGACAGUUCUGAAGACUUUCUCCCGCUAGACGGACAAGGCAGAGAUGAAAACUCGAGCGAGGAUGAAAGCGACAUGCUACGACAAAUGGGCCUCGAGGGGGCCGAACACGCGGCCAGCGAAGAAGACGAGGAAAGCGAUGACGACGGGCAAAGUGAUUCGCAGGCGUCCGCAGCAGAUGAAGAGGAGGGUGACGAUGCAUCCUCAGACAGCGGUGCCGAGGAGAGUCGGACUGCGUGGGGCCGCCGGGCGAAGGACUUUUACGGGGAAAGCAGCAGCGGUGAGAGCAGCGAAGAUGAAGAGGAAAUGAUGGAGAAGAUGAAGGAGGCGGUGCGCGUAGCAGAGGUGGAAGACGUUGAGGGAAUGACGGAAGCUGAUUUCGGCGCCGACGCCCGAUCCCUAGAGGCCCUGAAGCAGCUGCUGGCGCUGCAGGACAAGUCACUGGGCUCGAAGGCGCAGCAAGCGCUGCAGCAAUCUGAAGGCAAAGAGGGAGCAGAGAAAGACCUGCUUUGGAAAGCCAGGCUUGAUGCAGAGGUGGACGCAAUAUUGGACGGCUUGUCUACUUCUGCGGAGCAUGGGCAGCAGCAGCAGAUACCACAAGCGGUUGCUGCAGGACUGUGUGAAGAGGAAUUGAAGCAAAUCGUCGCAACUGCGCAUCCAGAGCUGCAGGGGUUGCUGAAGGAGCUGCAAGAUGCCCUUGGGGAAAUAAACAGCAAAGUCGAACCCCUUGUCUCUCUUGCAAAACGCAGAAACUUCCUCACAAAAGAAGGCGUUUCCCUGUUGGACGCGAAGAAUCAGCUGCUGCUCUCGUACUUGAGUUAUUUGAGUUACUACAUCGUGCUGAAGGCCCACGGGGUCCCUGUGGCGAGCCACCCCGUAGUGGAAAGACUCAUAGAGUCCCGACUGUUGCUGCAGAAGCUGCGGCCUAUAGAGGCUGCCCUCAAGCCGCAGCUGGAGAGGCUUCUUACCGAUGGCGGGGAUAGCUUCCAGUCUGAUGUAGGUGCCGCGCCGAGAGCCCGGCCUGAGGCGUUCGCUGCCAUGGGAGAAUCGGACGAAGAGGAACAAGAGGGGCUGCUGUCUGGUGAGGAGAAGAGUACAGAGAGCGGCGGCUCGGGGUCUGAGGAUGAGGAUGCGAAAGGCAGUCAGGCCUACAAACCACCAAAAAUGGUCUCUAUGGAAUACACCGCAGACAAAGUGCCUGCACAGACGCGAGCUUCUCGCGAACUGCAACGUGCGGCGGAGAGGCUCAAGAAGAGCGAAAUGGUCCGAGCAGUGAGAGAAAUGACGAGCGAUGCGCCGGAAGAAAUCGGAAUUGAGAGAUUCAUAGCAGCGCAGGCGCACCGAGCAGCGGCACGAGAGGCAGGGCUUUUGCGUGGGAGUAACGGGGAGGAGGACGAAGAACAAUUUGAGCUCAUGCGUCGCUCACUCUCCAAGAAAGAGAGAAAAGGUAUUGUUUCCUGUAUGCGUAUUGAAAUGGAGAUAGUAACAACAAACCAGGCGCUGCGGGCCGGGGCUCAAGCUGCGCAGCGCGCACAGUUCGAGAGGCGGGCUGCAGCUGCAGUGGGCUCGACUUUAGAGGAUUUGGCAGUGUUCUAUGAGCAGCCGUUGGGAGGAGAGGAGGACGACGAAUUAGGUAUCCAUUCAAAUGCCAAGAAAGUGAAGGCAAAAGGUGUUCUCGGUCAUUACCUGAAUGCUGCUAAACAAGCAGCAGAAGAAGCAGCGAAAACGCAUAAAGCCCAAGCAGAAAAACUCAUCAUCGCCCGACAACAGAACCUGCAGCAUUUGAGCAGACGCACUAACAAAGAGAUGCACAAACAAAACUCAAGAAAGCCUGCGAGAGAGGAGAGCGAAGAUGAGGAGUUUGCAGCGCUAGUUGGAGAAACAAAGAUGAAGAAGUUACAAAAGAAACAACGAAUGAAGGAAAAGGCUGAAGCGUUUUUGCCGCAGGAGGAGGAAGAAGUUGAGGGGCAGAGGCGCAUAACGCGGGAGAUAAAAACAAACAGGGGAUUAGUGCGAAAACGAAAGAAGUUCGAGGGCAACGCGCGCGUGCACAACAGAAUGAAGUACCAGCAGAAGGCAAAAAAACUAAAGUCACUGCGUCAGGAAAUGCGUCCCGUGGAGGACCGCACCUACUCGGGGGAGGCUUCGGGUUUGCGUGCGAAUCUGAAGCGAUCCAGAACGUUGCAUUAG